AUGGGGCUGUCCAGGCUCCAGUUUGUGGUUCAGCUGGGGAGGAGGAUCAUCCAUGAGGAUGGCUUCUCUGGCGAGGACGUGAAGCAGUACAAGCCAGUGGUCUACAGCAACACUAUACAGUCACUGGCAGCUAUUGUACGUGCCAUGGACACCUUGGGCAUCGAAUACGGUGACAAGGAACGACGGGCUGAUGCCAAGAUGGUCUGCGAUGUCGUAAGUCGGAUGGAGGACACAGAGCCCUUCUCUCCAGAGCUGCUGUCAGCUAUGAUGAGACUCUGGGCAGACUCUGGGAUCCAAGAAUGCUUCAACCGGUCCCGGGAAUAUCAACUUAACGACUCGGCCCAAUACUACCUAGACAGCUUAGAUCGGAUCGGAGCUGCAGACUACCAGCCCACAGAGCAGGAUAUCCUCCGAACCAGGGUCAAAACAACUGGCAUUGUAGAAACCCACUUCACAUUCAAAAACCUCCACUUCAGGCUCUUUGAUGUCGGGGGCCAGCGGUCGGAACGCAAGAAGUGGAUUCACUGCUUUGAGGAUGUCACAGCGAUCAUUUUCUGCGUCGCGCUGAGUGGCUACGACCAGGUGCUCCAUGAAGAUGAAACCACGAACCGCAUGCACGAAUCACUGAAGCUUUUUGACAGCAUCUGCAACAACAAAUGGUUCACAGAUACAUCUAUCAUCCUCUUUCUAAACAAGAAGGACAUAUUUGAGGAGAAAAUUAAGAAAUCCCCACUGACUAUCUGCUUUCCAGAGUACACAGGCCCAAACUCUUUCACGGAGGCGGUGGCUUACAUCCAGGCUCAGUACGAGAGCAAGAACAAGUCCUCCAACAAGGAGAUCUACACACACAUCACCUGCGCCACCGACACCAACAACAUCCAGUUCGUCUUCGACGCCGUCACGGAUGUCAUCAUCGCCAACAACCUGCGGGGCUGUGGACUCUACUAA